UCGUGUAGUCGAAGGAAAACAAAACAAAAUUGCAAAACGUUGGGUGCUUUCGUUCGUGCGCGUUCCUUAUUCAGCUUUACGCUACCGAAAAUCUGAAAUGGUUUGAUUAGUAAUUUGAUUCUUCUACAAACUAAGCGGGAUACAUUUCCGAAUAACAAUGACUGACUCCUCCGCGCCGACAUCGAUGGAUUUUUGUGCUUUCGUUAGGGAUCUGAAUCAAUCGCCUCACAUCGACUAUGCCAGCAGCGGAAGUCGGAAUCGCUGCCCGGCAGAAUCGAGACUAUCACAGGAGUUUGAGAACAAAAUGCAGCAACUGCUGUCGAAUUUCGAUCUAGGCGAACAAAACCAGUGCGAUUCGUUGGAUCCAAACGACGUAUCAAUGACGGGAAUCCCAGCCAACUCGACGGCUCAUUGCGACAUGGAAUCGUUGAGUGCAGACCAAUCAGAGAAAGAUAGUGCCUUGCUAGUGGACAACAUCAACCACAAUGAAUCUCUAGAAACUACGUUGGACAACGAAGACGAUCCGUUGGAAUUGACUGGUGAUGACGAUAGCGAAGACGCUGGCGACGGUGGAAGUUCCGAUGAGCAGCAGCAGUCACGCUCGCUUUCCCUGUCCUAUUCGCUGUCCAUUUCACAUGCCCAGGAAAACUUUUCCCAAUACUCACAGAGCACCGAUAAGGGUCUUUCAAAGCGGUAUGAUUCGCCUUGCUCCUACGAAGACGAUCGAGAGUCAGAGUGUACCAAUUUCGACAAGCUAGAUGAUUGGAAUGAUUUCAUCGCCGAUAUACAGAACAACAAUAAUGGAGAUGCUGCUAAUCGAGAGUUUCGGGAGUACUACGACGAAUAUCUGUUAUCGAAAACACUGAAAGGAAGCGAAGAUGCAGAGGAUUCAUCGGAAGAGUACAAUAUCAAAGGCUCAACCUCGGAGACGACUGGCACUUCACUUGAUUCCGCAAAGGAUGAUAAACUGGAUAAUCGUUCCACUCCGGCCGUAUCAGCUGACAUGGAUCAAAAAUCCAUUUCAUUUCUGGAGUAUCGCAAUCCAUCCAUCGACAUGGAAGACGAUCCGAUGAACACUGAAGGCGAUUCAUGUGUGAGCACGGGAGAUCCAAUCCAACGGGUAUUAUCAGGCAAACGCAAAUUUCGUUACGAUGAUGUUGAAGACAUUGAAUACGAGGUCACUCAGGUCAUCACAGAGAAAUUUCGGAAAACGGACAAUGUGCCAUUCCAUGGCUGCCACGAUCCGAUUUCACUCAUCGAUGAUGAACUGUUCGCUCGAAUGGUUCGCAUAGAAUCUUCCAGCAAAACUCCUAUUCCAGAGGAUAACGGUGAGGACGCAUCAAACAAUAGCGAGUUUCCUCUAUGUGUUGAACAUGUUGAUGACGAAGGGAACCUAGAAGAAGGUGAAUCAAACAUCGCGACCACUCCCACAAAUGCCAAGAAUUUGGAACAGAUGUUCCAAUCUUUCGAAGGUGAUGCUCACGGAGGCUCUGUGAAAAAAGUCAACAAUCCAAGACUCCAGCACAAGAUGCUGCCCCAAAGGAGUGCAAUCAAACCAAGUUCUUCCUUUUUUCAUCAUUUUGAUAGUUCGUUCAUAUCAAAGAUUGUUGACCCAGAUACCGAUUGAGCGAUCGUGUAAGACUUUUUUUUUAUUUCUGAUACAUAUAUGAUCUCUAUUUGCUAGUGUCUUAAUUUAAAGGAUUUUUCUUUGCAUGUAGAUAUCAGUAUUUUACUACAUGAAGUUGUAACUAGUCAGUAAAUAAGCGACAUCUAUAAUUUAAUCAGACAUCAAAAAUCGCUGUACACUGAUAUCACCAAAGAACAAAACUCCAUAUAGAUAAUAGAAGAAAAUAGAGAAGAGUUUGAAGUUUUGCUCAAACGUUUUUUGCCUAGUGUAAUCUAGUAUUGAUUUGUUGUUUUUUUUUUUUAAAUUGAUAAGCGUUUCUGAAAAUCGUUAUUAUUUUCCCUACUUUCACGACGUUUGAAGUUCGCGAGAACAAAUUUGAGUUAGUUUGACUGAUCGAUAGUCGUAAGCAAUUUUCACGUGUACCUACUAAAACCUGUUAGCCCAGUCAAUAAUUAUAGCCAGAUACCUAAUGAAGUUGCAGCGUAAAAAUCCAAAAAAUGAAAGAGAAAUAAACUAAUAGACUUAUUACGAUUUACCUUGAAGACUUAGUGAAAUAUAUUUGCUAUGUGAAUGGUAUACAGAAAAA